UAGUCAUAAUAGUGUUCUGUGGUGAUUACUCAUUAGUCCACUGUCCAACAGUAAUUACAAAAAUAUUGUUUUUUAUUUAAUAUUUACAAUGUAAAAUUUAAAUACGUUUUUCAGUGCUGAAAAUGUCACAACCAACAUUAUUCGUUUAUGUAAAAUGCGUACUUAUAGCUGCUGCGCCUGUUUCAGUGCUUGUGUCGUCAUAUCUAGUAGAAUAUUAUUUUACACAAAAUCAUAAUGUAAGAACGAUACCUCAGACUAAACUAUCUCAGUUUAAUGGUAUUCAAAACAAAGAAUUGUAUUUAGCUGUAAUUGGUUCAAUUUUUAACGUUACAAAAAGCAAAAGUCAUUAUGAAAAAGGACGUUCGUACCACUUCUUUGUAGGUAAAGAUGCAACUAGGUCUCUUGUUACUGGUGAUUUCCAGGAUUCAAGUGAAAAAAGAGACCAUAUUCUUGAUUUAAAAUGUGAUGAUUUAUUUGCAAUCAUUAAUUGGAAACAGACAUUCCGAAAAAAAUAUCUGUAUGUGGGAAAGUUAGAGGGAAGGUAUUAUAAUAAGGAUGGGACAGAGACACAGUAUAUGUUAAAAUUUAAAACCAGACUCAAAGAUUGCAGGAUAGAGAAGGAAAAAUCCAAACAACAAGAUAUUCUUUACCCGCCCUGUAAUGUGGGUUGGAGUGAAACAGAGGGUACAAGAGUGUGGUGUUCAAAGUUAAGUGGAGGUGUUUCCCGGGAGUGGGUUGGCUAUCCACGACAGUUGUAUACUCCAGGUUCUUCUAAGCCAAAAUGUAUAUGUGUCAAGGAAGAUCAGAACACAAACAUGAUAAAACAAUAUAAUAAAUGCCAAGCAGACUCACAUCAAUGCAUAUUACUUGAUGUUUAGUUUAGAAUUGUAUUUAUUAUUUAAGCUUUACCUUGUCAAAUUGGAUUUUUUUAAUUCUACACAUAGAUAAGUAUUAAAAUUAUGUAAGCAGUGUUGCAUUUUAAAAUAAAUUUUGUAGUAGGGAAUCUCAAAGAAUGUUUAAAAAUUCUUUCAAUUAUAUUUAUAAGCUAUAAUCAAAUAAUGGAUUUUUAGUCUAAGUUAUUACUUAAACUACAAAUAAAAAUUAAUUAUACUAAAAUACUUGUUUCGGAAUGUCUAGAAUAAUAAUAAAUUACUUAAUACUUCAUUAAUUGGGAUAGAAUGCUAACUUGAUAUUAUGUGUAUUGCCAAUUUGAGCAUCAGUUAAUAAAUCAAUAAAAUAUA